GUACUGUAUCUGUUUUCGUGAUUGUACUUGUUGGCAUGCUUUAAGUUUGAUAAGGGGCACUCCAUAUUUACUUACUGAGUUUAUUUCAUAGUUUUUCAUUGUCCACCAUUUCAGGAUGUGAAACCGAGGACGGGGAAACCACAGGAAGUGACGAGUUAGAAGGCUAGCCAUAUUGUAAUUGAUAUAGAUUUUAGAAGUAAAUCAUGAUCUUGUAAGCUAGAGUGUACUUGGAGAUUUUAUGAUAUCAUAGUAAAUUUUAAAGAUUUAAUCUUCAGAUUUUGAUGGUAUCAGAUUGUGGUGUGAUAAGUUUCGAGCCUUGUGCAUUUGUGGGACCCGUCUCACGAGUGCACGGCGUCUGUCGCGUCUCGAAUUUGGAUUUUGGGGCGUGACAGAUUUAGUGGUAUCAGAGCUUAGGUUGAAAUUAAGAGCUUAGGUUGAAAUUAAGAGCUUAGGUUGAAAUCAGAGCUUAGGUUUGAAAUUAAGAGUUUAGGAUUAAAUUAAGCACCUUCAGAUUGAGUGGCAUUAGAGCAGAUUGAGUGAUAUCAAGCCUAGGUUUAAUUGAAUACCUAGGAUUUGUUUUGGACUUGGCUAGCCAGUGGAUUUUAGAACCGUGGUGAGACAAGUGAUGGGGUUAUAUAAGGGACGAUUUUGAUUCAUGUUGCCUGAAUUUUCUCAUCCAUUUCGAUGAGAUGGUGAUCUGAUUGUUCUUGUUUCCUGCCUUCAUACGCUGUGUGGAGUUGUGAAAGUGAUCUUGCCCGUUAUGUUCUUAAGACCUUGUUUUGAAACUUGGUCAUUUUCUGAUAGUCCGCACUUGUUUAGGCUUGUUACAUGAAUAGAAUUUUUGUGUGCUCUUUUGCCACAAUUGUGAAAUCUGGGGAGUUGCAGAGACUUUUGUUAUUGAUCUUGCUAGUCUCUACAGCAUAGCUGGUGGAGAAUUUGUUUUGUUUGUCACAUGACCAGUGGAGGAUGGAACAGUGAUCCUUCAAUUGAAAUUGCCUUGUUUUUAUGAAGAUUGGCAAGCUAUCAUAAAGUUAAACUCUCUAUUGUUGCCAAUCUCUACAUUCUUGACACUUGGAAAUUGCUUGAAACUCUUGAAAUUCGUCUUGAAUUUGUCUUGAUAUUGCUUUGUACUUGUUCUUGAAACUGAAAUCCAGAAAUGGAUAAUGAUUAUUGAAAUCCUCAUUAUCUGGAUACUUGUUUGAAAUUAAUUCUUGCAUUGUUCUUGGAAUCUAGUUUGAGUUGUCCUUGAAAACCAUUCUUGUUCUGACACUGGUUCUUGCUCAAAUUCUGUAUAUUGCUCUUGCUCAAAUCUUGCAUAUUCUGCUUGUUCUUGUUUUUGUAUACUUCUUGAUCUUCUUGAUUCUUGGUUUUUGUUCAUAUGGACACCUCUUUAGGGGGGGUGACGAAAUACCUAUAUGAGGCAUCCUCAUUCUUGUCUCUUGCAAGUGUUAAUCUCUGUAUUCUUGAUGUCCUAGCUUUGACUUGACUCUAAGAUGUCUAGGAUGACUUGAUUGUAAAUCUGCUUAGCCUCGCCUCCAUGAGCUACAAGCUUUUAACUCUUGUUAAUUGCUAAAAUCUGUCUCUUGAUUUCAGUUGCCUUGUUAAAUAUGAUCUUGGUUCUGGUUAACCUUGUUUUGUGGCAGAAUUUACAAGGCAUCCAUGCACUUGUUCAUUCAUUCAUGAUUCAUAUAUUUAUUGGAUGCUUAUCCGUCUUUGAUAAGAGUU